AGAAACAGCCUCUUGUCAACAUGGCGCCGGCGACCCGGAGGUUGCUGAAGAGUUUUAGUUGAACGAACGGACAGGCCGACGAGGAAUUUUUCAUUCAUCUUGGAGUGAAGGGCUGAGUGGCCGCACUGAGUACUUUCAGUCAGUUAGCCAGCCAGAAGCUGAGGCUGAGGGAGAGAGGCUUGUAACAGGACAGUCUCCAUGGGAGAGCGGGAUUGAAGUGACAGGCUCUGUCUGCCAGGAUGGACGUGGAGGAAGAGCACAUGACGACGCUGCUGUGCAUGGGCUUCUCGGAGCCCGCCGCCAUUCGCAAGGCGCUCCGCAUGGCCAAGAACGACAUCAACGAGGCCGUGGCCCUCCUUACCAACGAGAGCCCUGGUCUCGGCUACGAGCCCAUGGAGAGUGGUGAUCGCCAGGUCGGAGGAGGAGGAGGCGGCGGCGGCGGCGGCGGCGGUGGCGGCGGCGGCGGCACUGGGUCCCGCGGUGUGGGUGGAGGGGAUUACAGCCGGAGUGGAUUCGACCCUCCACCCGCGUACGACGAGGUGGUGGAGGUGGAGAGGAGCAAUGAUGAGAAUGGAAACUGCUCAGGAAGCAUUGAAUUUCCCACCACAAAUCUUUAUGAAUUGGAAAGUCGUGUGUUUACAGAUCACUGGUCCAUCCCUUAUAAACGUGAAGAAUCACUGGGCAAGUGCCUGAUAGCAUCCACAUACCUAACACGGCUAGGUCUUGCGGAUGCUGAUGAAAAUUGCAAACGCUUUACGGAUCGAUGUAUGCCAGAAGCAUUUAAAAAGUUGUUAACAUCAAGUGCUGUACAUAAAUGGGGUGCUGAAAUCCAUGAGGGAAUCUACAACAUGGUGAUGCUUCUAGUUGAUCUGGUUGCAGAGCGAGUCAAACAGGACCCAAUCCCCAUUGGCCUAAUGGGAGUACUCACCAUGGCUUUCAAUCCAGGAAAUGAGUACCAUUUCAAGAACCGAAUGAAAGUGUGCCAAAGGAAUUGGGCAGAUGUUUUUGGGGAUGGUAAAACAUAUGCCAUCUCUCCACCAGUCAAUCUACAGAAGGAACCUUAUGGAUGGCUCAUAGAUCUGGUUAAUCGGUUUGGAGAGAUGGGUGGGUUUUCAGCCAUCCAGCUGAAGCUUGGUGCAGAAGAUAUAGAAACCGCCGCUGUGUCUGCACUGGUACAGCCUCUAGGAGCAUGUGCCGAAUAUCUAAAUCCUGCUGUAGUACAGCCCAUGCUGGAUCCAGUCAUUGACAAGAUGAUUCGAUAUGUGCAAAGUUUAGAAGAAAAAGAUCUGAAAGACAAGAAACUAGUGAACAUUCCAGAACUUCUAUCUGCCAUCAAAUUAUUAUGCAUGCGAUUUCAGCCAGAGUUGGUAAUGGUGGUAGACGAUCUCCGUUUGGACAUCCUCCUGCGUAUGUUGAAAACUCCCCACUUCAGUGCAAAAAUGAAUUCAUUGAAAGAGGUUACUAAGCUGAUUGAAGACAGUACCUUAUCAAAAUCUGUGAAAAAUGCAAUUGAUACAGACCGGUUAUUGGACUGGCUCGUAGAAAAUUCAGUAUUAUCAAUAGCACUUGAAGGGAACAUUGAUCAGGCACAGUAUUGUGAUAGAAUAAAGGGAAUUAUUGAGCUGCUGGGCAGUAAACUCUCCAUGGAUGAACUUACCAAGAUUUGGCGCAUUCAGUCAGGGCAAUCCUCAACCGUCAUUGAAAAUAUUCACACUAUUAUUGCUGCUGCUGCUGCCAAGUUCAACUAUGAUCAACUGAACCAUCUCUUCAUCCUGAUACAGAAGAGUUGGGAGAUUGAGAGUGACCGAAUCCGACAAAAACUCCUCAGUCUUAUAGGAAAAAUUGGCCGAGAAGCACGUUCUGAGAACACCACUGGAAAGGUGCUGGAGGUGCUUUGGGAGCUUGCCCAUUUACCAGCACUACCCACAAACUUAGUCCAGCAGGCACUGGAAGAGCAUCUCACCAUACUUAGUGAAGCUUAUGCAGUAAAGGAGCAAAUCAAGCGAAGUUAUAUCAUUAAAUGUAUCGAGGAUAUUAAGAAGUCCUCUCAGCAAAAUAACCAACAUCCGGUAUGGGUGGUUCCAGCUUUACGUCAGCUUCAUGAGAUUACCAGGUCUUUCAUUAAACAAAGCUGUCAGAAACAAGACAAGAGCAUUGUCCAGGAUUUGAAGAAGAACUUUGAAAUAGUGAAACUGGUUACAAGUAGCCUUGUGGCCUGUCAUCGACUGGCUGUUUCUGCAGCUGGAACAGGAGGACUAAUGGGGUCAACAGUCGUUGAUGGCAGAUACACACAUCAAGAUUACCUAGAGGCACAUUUGAGAUUUCUUGCAUUUUUUCUUCAAGAAGCCAGCCUUUACUUAGGCUGGAACCGCGCCAAAGAGACUUGGGAGUGCCUUGUAACUGGAAUAGAUAUUUGUGAACUGGAUCGAGAGAUGUGUUUUGAAUGGUUUACCAAAGGACAUGGAGACUUGGAGAGUGAUAUACAGCAACAGCUCUUUAAAGAGAAAAUCCUCAAACUGGAACCCUACGAGAUCACUAUGAAUGGAUUUAAUCUCUUCAAAACUUUUUUUGAGAUUGUAAAUCUUUCUGAUCAUCGAUUAAAGAAACAAGGUGCUCAGCUGCAUGUUGAAAAGCUGGAACUGGCAGGAAUGGACUUCAUCUGGAGAAUUGCCAUGGAGUCACCAGAUGAAGAAAUUGCACACGAAGCAAUACAUCUAAUCAUUAAUUAUAGCUACAUCAGCCUUAAUCCUCGUUUGAAAAAGGAUUCUGUUUCCCUUCAUAAGAAAUUCAUAGCAGAUUGCUACAAACGUUUAGAAGUUGCUAGUUCAGCACUAGGUGGCCCUACUUUGACACAUGCUGUUACAAGGGCAACUAAAAUGCUGACAGCUACAGCCAUGCCUACUGUAGCUACAUCAGUGCAGUCACCAUCCAGGUCCAGUAAACUUAUCAUAAUUGAACGGCUGCUGUUGCUUGCAGAAAGAUAUGUGAUCACAAUAGAGGAUCUGUAUUCUGUUCCUCGGACAAUCUUGCCUCACGGUGCCUCUUUCCAUGGACAUCCUGUAACUAUUUCAGUCAUCUGUGAAUCCACAAAAGAAACAUUUAGUAUAGAGGCUCACAGCAAUGAGACUAUUGGGAGUGUCAGGUGGAAGAUCGUAUCGCAUGUCAAUUGUCCAUUGGAUAACCUGCAGAUAUUUGCUAAUGAUAGCUUGCUGACCAUGAACAAAGAUCAAAAAUUGCUCCACCAACUGGGAUUUUCAGAUGACCAAAUAUUAACAAUAAAGACGCCUGUGAUGGGUACAGCAUCAGGGAGUUCAGUUGACUCAUCUGCCAGCAGUGGUGUGUUCAACUCCGCUUAUGUUAUGGAACAGGAGAAAUCACUGCCUGGUGUUGUGAUGGCACUGGUUUGUAAUGUGUUUGAUAUGCUUUACCAACUCGCCAACCUUGAAGAACCAAGGAUAACAGUGCGUGUUAGGAAGUUGCUGUUAUUAGUUCCUACUGAUCCAGCAAUCCAAGAAGCUCUAGAUACACUUGAUGCUUUAGGCAGAAAACAGAAAACUUUACUGACUGAUUCAAGUCAUCAAACAUCAAAGUCACCCUCGCUGUCUUCAAAACAACAACAUCAGCCUAGUGCAAACACUAUUUUGGAGAGUCUGUUCAGAUCAUCGGCACCUGGGAUGUCCACCUUUAGAGUACUAUAUAACUUAGAGGUUCUCAGUUCCAAGCUGAUGCCCACGUCAGAUGACGAAAUGGCAAGAAACUGUGCUAAAUCUUUCUGUGAAAACUUCCUCAAAGCAGGAGGUUUGAGUUUGGUGGUGAAUGUUAUGCAGAGAGAUUCCAUUCCAUCUGAGGUGGACUAUGAGACAAGGCAAGGAGUCUAUUCAAUCUGCCUACAGCUUGCAAGGUUUCUGUUAGUAGGCCAAACUAUGCCUUCUACUUUUGAUGACGAUUUCCUGAAGGAUGGAAUGGAAGCAUUGUCCUCUCGCCCAUUUCGCAAUGUCAGUCGACAGAAUAGUCGACAAUUAUCUAUGUGUGGCAGUCAAGAAAAGUCAACAAUGAGGCAGAUGAGUGUGACAUCAGAUCGGUCAUCUAUCAGAAUUGAGGAGAUUAUACCUGCUGCCAGAGUGGCAAUACAAACAAUGGAUGUGAAUGAUUUCACCUCAACAGUGGCCUGUUUCAUGAGGCUGACAUGGGCAGCAGCUGCUGGACGUCUUGAUCUGGUGGGGAGCUGUCAGCCAAUUAGAGAGAGUACCAAUUCUCUGUUUUCCGUUGGUAUCCGAAAUAGGCUCAGCAGUUCAGGCAGCACUUGCAGUUCAGGAAGUGAAGGUGAAUCAACCACCCUACAUGCAGGCAUAUGUGUGAAGCAACACUCAGUCUCCACCAAAGAUACACUCAUUGCUCGAGAGGCCUUAUCGCUCCUAGUGACAUGUUUACAGCUCCGGUGCCAGCAACUUGGUUCUUUUUAUGUUCUUCCUUGUGUGAGUGAUUUCAUCAUUGACAUUCUGCUUGGAUCCCCCAGUGCUGAGAUAAGAAGGGUUGCCUGGGAUCAGUUGUACACACUGAGCCAAACAGACACCUCGACAAACCCAGAAAUACAGAAACCUAAUCAGUUCCUUCUGCAUGUCAUAUUGACAACACAACUACCGUUGUGGUCCCCAACCAGCAUCAUGCGUGGUGUCAACCAAAGGCUUUUGUCUCAGUGUACUGAAUAUUUUGGGUUGAGGUGCCAAUUGUUGGAUGACUUAACAUCUUCGGAGAUGGAACAGCUUCAAAUUAGCCCUGCAGCCAUGUUAGAAGAUGAGGUUAACUGGCUUGACAACUUUGAGCCCACAUGGACUGCUGAAUCAGAGACUAGCGAGUCAGAUAACGUUCUGCUUGCAGGACAUCUGCGGCUUAUCAAAACACUACUGUCACUCAGCGGUCCAGAGAAGGAAUUACUUGGGCCAUCGUUAAUCAAACAACUCAUGGAAGACUUUUUGUUCCGUGCUUCAAAGAUCAUCUUGACCAGCAGCAGUCCAGCUGGGAGCUGCUCAGUUAGUCAACAGGAUUUUCACCCAAAGUGCAGUACAGUCAAUAGUCGACUUGCUGCUUAUGAGGUGCUGGUUAUGUUAGCAGACAGCUCUUUGAGUAACCUUCAGCUUAUCUCCAAUGAACUUCUAUCAAUGCAUCACCAGUUUGACCCUGCACUCACAAAGGAGUUUGAGUAUUUGCCACCUGUUGAUAGCCGCUCUGUCUCUGGGUUUGUGGGAUUGAAGAAUGGAGGAGCCACGUGCUAUAUGAAUGCAGUAUUUCAACAACUUUACAUGCAGCCUGGACUACCAGAGGCAAUGCUGUCAGUAGAUGAUGACGAUGACGAGAAUCCAGAAGAGAAUGUUUUCUAUCAGGUUCAGUCCCUCUUCGGGCACUUGAUGGAAAGCAAAUUGCAAUAUUAUGUCCCAGAGACGUUCUGGAAGAUUUUUAAACUUUGGAAUAAGGAGCUGUACGUACGUGAACAACAAGAUGCGUAUGAGUUUUUUACCAGUCUAAUAGACCAAUUGGAUGAGCACCUUAAGAAACUUGGACGUGAACAGUUUUUCAAGAACACUUUCCAGGGUAUCUUCUCUGAUCAGAAAAUCUGCAAAGAUUGUCCUCACAGAUAUGAGCGUGAGGAAGCAUUCAUGGCACUGAACUUGGGAGUGACAUCCUGCCAAAGCCUGGAGAUUUCACUGGAUCAGUUCGUACGAGGCGAGGUCCUUGAAGGAGGCAAUGCAUACUACUGUGAGAAGUGUAAAGAAAAGAGAACAACAGUGAAGCGCAUGUGCAUAAAAUCUCUACCUAGUGUGUUAGUCAUCCAUUUAAUGAGAUUUGGGUUCGAUUGGGAAAGUGGACGUUCUAUCAAGUAUGAUGAACAAAUACGGUUCCCUUGGCUUUUAAACAUGGAACCAUAUACUGUGUCUGGGAUGGCACGACAAGAGCAUUCUUCUGAGCAUGGUGAAAAUGGCAAAGCAGGUGAUCACUUGGGUGGAGGCUCUCCUCGAAAGAAAGGUGCCCCAACUGAAAACUAUGAGCUGGUUGGAGUGAUUGUUCAUAGUGGCCAGGCACAUGCGGGGCACUAUUACUCAUUCAUUAAGGAUAGGAGGACUGGUGGCAAAGGAAAAUGGUACAAAUUCAAUGAUACUGUGGUGGAAGAGUUUGAUCUAAAUGAUGAGACAUUGGAGUUUGAAUGUUUUGGUGGAGAGUAUAGACCUAAAGUGUAUGAUCAAUCAAACCCCUAUCCUGAAGUCCGUCGUCGAUACUGGAAUGCCUAUAUGUUGUUUUACCAGCGAAUGCUGGACCAAAAUUCUCCUGUUUUACCAAAGAAAAGCCGAGUUAGUGUUGUUCGUCAGGAGGCGGAGGAUCUAUCAUUAUCAGCUCCCUCCUCCCCUGAGGUUUCACCUCAGUCAUCACCUCGUCCACAUAGAUCAAACAAUGACCGCCUUUCCCUGUUAACGAAGCUGGUAAAGAAGGGGGAGAAGAAGGGACUCUUUGUUGAAAAGUUACCAGCUAGAAUUUACCAGAUGGUACGAGAUGAGAACCUAAAGUUCAUGAAAAACAGAGACAUUUUCAACAGUGACUACUUCAAUUUCAUGCUUUCCUUGAUUUCACUCAAUGCAACUAAAUUGAAACACCCUAUGUACCAAACGAUGGCGAAGGUCAGCAUGAAACUAGCCAUUCAGUUCCUCUUCCAGACUUAUUUGCGAACUAAGAAAAAACUCAGGGUGGACACAGGAGAAUGGAUUACCCUCAUUGAAAGGUUGCUUUCAAAUAGCUGUGAGGCAUGCCAGUGGCUGAUUGAGUUCCUGAUUGGAUGUGAGGGACGAGAAUUAAUAAAGAUUUUUCUUCUGGAGUGUUCUGUCCGGGAGGUUCGAAUAACUGUUGCUACCAUCCUAGAAAAAACCCUGGAAAGUGCCUUGCUUUAUCAGGAAAAGCUCAGAGGAUUGGACCAUUUGUUGGAUGCGCUGCUUUCUUUACUUGACAAGGAUGUAGCUGAGAAUUGCAAGAAUUGCUCCCAGUACUUCAUCCUCUUCAACAACUUUGUACAGAAGGGUUUCAAGGCAUGCCAGCUACUAUUCAAACAUUCUGCAUUCAAACACAUGCUUUGUUUUCUUUUGGGCCCAUCAAGGCAGAAUAAUCAGAAUCGGCGCUGGAGCUCAGCACAGGCCAGAGAAUUCUGGUAUCUCCAUAUCACUUUGGCAUCACUAGUCCUACACACUGACAUUUCAUCUCUGAUGACUGUUGAUCCUGGACCUUAUAAAUGGCAUACGCCAUCCCCACGGGUACCUUUGCAUCAAGAUGUGGAAACACUCUUCAGACCUGAAGGACAGACCUACCUGCUUGAGGUUAUGUACGCUAUGCGAGAGCUGACGGGAUCUUUGUCAGUCAUCUCUGAUAUGGUGACUUAUUGCUGUUUCUGCAAUGAGCACUUCUCCUUGGUGCAAGUCCUACAGAUAAUUAAGAGUCAGUUGGAGACAGCUCCACCUCAUGAACUGAAGAACAUUUUCCAGUUGCUGCAUGAAAUUCUGGUAAUUGAAGAUCCAUUGCAAUCUCGUCGCCUGAAGUUUGCCUUCGAAUCAGAAAAAGGGCUGCUAGCCUUGAUGCAUCAGAGCAACAAUGUUGACAGCAGUCGCUGUUACCAGUGUAUCAAAUUCUUGGUCCUAUUAGCUCAAAAAUGUGCAGCUGCAAAGGAUUAUUUUCGGGAACAUCCUCACCACUGGAGUUGGGCUGUGCAAUGGUUACAAAAGAAGAUGUCAGAACAUUACUGGGCUCCACAGAGCAACAUAUCAAAUGAAACUUCAACAGCAAAGACAUUUCAGCGCACAAUUUCAGCACAGGAUACAUUAGCCUAUGCUACAGCCCUUCUGAAUGAGAAGGAGCAAUCUGGGAGUAGUAAUGGGUCAGAUGGCAGCCCUGCUACAGAGAAUGGAGAUAGAACUCUCCGUCAGGGCUCUGAAUCUCCCAUGAUGCUUGGUGAUUCUAAAAGUGACCUUGAUGAAAUGGACCCAUAAGAGAUGACUGAGACAUCUAUGGGAAUAGUAAACCAUCUUUGCUUGGUGUCAGUUCAGUGAAGGACUGGGCAUCAUGCCGGUUGGCUUUCGGCACCAAUCGAUUUGGGGAAGAUGUACGUACACCCAGGUUGCAGACAGGAAGCCUUUACAAACUGUUAUGGAACCAAUUUUGCUGACAGUUGAAGCUCAAGACGAUGCAAGUCUCUCCCUGUUCUUUGAAGAUUUUGUAUGGAAAAGGAUAAUUCGUGGUUGUGCUUGUGAAUAUACAAAUGACAAAUUUUUAUCUAAUGCUUUCAGUAGAAACUACGGAGGAUUUGAUUUAAGGUUUUAGUACAGUCUUGAGGAGAGGAGAGCUUUUUGAUUUGUGUAUAAUAGUUCCCAGAGUUCAGAUUUUUCAGAGUAACAAAAUACUCUGUUAUUCCAUUAUAUAGAUUUAAUUUUAUUUGUAUGAUAGAAUAUCCAGUAAUUCUGUUCACUUGGUUGCAGCAAUUGUGUCUUGAAAUAUUUAGCAGAUCUCACUGUUUUGCAAAAAUGAGUUUAGGUUUACAAGAAUGUACUGACAGUGCAUACUGACAGUUUAACUUAGCAAUCUGGUACUUUAUUAAAUAUUAAAUGAAUACUUUAUUAAAGGCAACACUUUUUUUCUUUUUAAAUUCAUAUGACUGGCAGCCAUUUUCCAAUGAGGUUAAAGUUGUGAAUGUAUAGUUUAUGUGAGGAACUUAAAGUCCAACCUUUAUGGUCAUUUCUAACAGAUGGAUUGAAUUUUAGCUGGUGAUAUUUCAGUAUCCAUGCUCAUGUUAUAAAAUUACAAAAAUAGUUUGAUCACAUCAUAAGAUAUGUAUGUUUUUGGUUUUUAAACUAGCUAUAAUUUGUUUUAAAAUCACUCAUCACUCAUGUACAACAUCACCAGAAUAUGUAAUGGGCAAGUGUGUAAUAUUUAUUUGGCUGAGUUCCCCUAUACAAAUUAGUUAAGUUGUUAUUUGUAGCUUCUGGGGUUAUCCUGACAGGUUUGUUUUUGAACACAGAUCAUUGGUUGAAGAUACAAGGCAGUAAAAUAGUUCUUUUUUUAUUAAAUGACCUUUUUAUUGUUAGAGGAUGCAGUACCUUUACAGAAUUUACAUUUAUCCAUCUCCCAUUUGAAAUAAUAUCUCUGCUAAGUAGGUAAUUAAUCUGUGUGGGACACUUAUUCUAAUAUUGCAAAACCAUCCAAUGAAAGUUGAGCAUACUGCCCUGGCUAAGUGCUUUGGACUUGUCUUUGAAAAAUCACUAGCCUCACCUUGAACUUUUGGUAACGCAGGUAAGAUGAGCGCAUGCUGUGGAGAAUUGCUGGCACAGACUCACGGGUGGUCAUUCUGAUGUGUUGGACACUAGUGCUUCAGGCUUCCCACAAUAUAGCAGAUAUCAUUUAUCAGAUUUAUUUUUGCCUUGACAAGUCGCCAGUAUGGUGGAUGCUGAUUUCCAGAAUAUCCCAUGUCAUAUGCCUGGUGACACCCUACUAAAGGGUUAUUAAUUGUGGCCAAUUGAUUUAAUGUUUUGAGUAAUUACUAUCAAUUGUUAAUAGACAUAUUGCAAUCAGUUAUAUCAUUGAUAUUGCAUGUUAGUCCAAUACAUAGCUGUCUGUAUGUAAUGGUACAGCAGUAUUGUGGGUGUUAGCUAUGAACUUGGGAGUGGGAGAAAAAUUAGUAUGGAUACAACAGAUCAUCACCCUUUUAUCUUUGAUAUAAUAAUUUCAAUAGAAAUUUGGCAUAAAUUUUGCUAAUUAACAAAGCAAAUUGAUUGAAGCCUUGUUUGGUUUAUGAUAAACUACAAUGAGAAACAACGAAUUUUGUGGAAAGUUAUUACUUUCUUUCUUGACUUCUAAUUGGUUAUCGAUACCCAUUUAGUCCAAAUAUUUUUAAUCUCUAUUUAUCAUGUGUUGACCAAUAAAGGUUUGACUAAGAGAUUCUCAUCUUUAUUUUUCUAACCCAGUGAAGAAUGGUGUCUCUUAAGCUAGUAACCCCAGGGGAGAUAGAGUUGACGUAUUAGUGGAAAAUACCCUGGAUCUGCUGUAUGAAUAAUUCAUAAUCUUUGUUAAAGAGGAAUGUCAAAAUGAAUUGUGCUAUGACUCUCAAAAGUAUAUUAAUUCCCAGUUCCAGUCUCUCUGAAACCAGACAAUCACUUGCUGCAACCUAAUUAAUGCUUGCCAACUACUUUAAGAAUAAAAAGAUUCAGAAACUAAGAGAACAGUUCAUUUGGAAUAUUAUGACAACUUUGAAAUAAUUGUAACCCACAAAAAUAUCCUGUUACUAAAAUUUGGAUUAAGUAUUUAGAACAAUCAUACCUUUCUAUCUUUUAAAGUCUAUUUAGACUUAUUGUCACCUGCAAAUAAAGGGGACAAUUAUUAAUCUUACACAAAACCGUUUUAAGCAUAGUACUAUUUUGGUGAUACCCCAAAAGCCGUUUUGCACCCCAACAAUUUAUUUCUGUUAAUUUUGUCACACCUCACAUCAGUUCCACCUGUAAGAGUAAAUUACCACCUCCCAGGCUGGAAACCGUAAUAGUUUCUACUUUGCAAUAUUGCAUGCGAAUUUAAGUGUGAAAGCUGCUACACUUAUAACAAUAUUUAGAAGCCAUAAAACAGUAAUAUCUGAUUGUUUCAAUCAAAGUAUGGAAGGAAAAAACUAUGUUUGAAAUGCUUCAUUGUCUGUCUCUAGGAUGGUGCCGUUCACUAUCAGAGAUUCAUUAAAAUGACUUGCCUCCAAACAAAAUUGGAACUGGGGUUAUGAAUUCAGCUGCUGUAGUGGAUCCAGGAUUGAGCAUAAAGUCUGGGGUUACUACUUGAGCAUUUGUCCUUUUUAUUAUUAGAACAUUUAACUGUACAGUGCUUUAAUCCUUUCACUGGCCUGUGACAAUGUAGAAGAGGACAUAUAGUAUAAUGCUGUUUUCUGACUGGGUUUUAAAGGUGUUUGUAUAACAUUUAAAAAUGAACUUUUUUUAAGUUGUUUGUUUUGUUAAUGUAUGUUGAAUAGCUCUUUUUAAUCAAAAUGGUCACUUUUAUGUUAAAUUCUGUCUGCUGUUGGCUAA